AUGGCGUCGCUGAAGUUGAGGGUGCCUGGCGACAACGUUCCAGUCUUCUCCAUCUAUGCGCCGCACAACGGCAAACCGUACGAAGAGCGAUUCAAUUUCUACUCCGAGCUGUCCAGCUUCCUUUCCUCUGCUAGUGGGAAUGGCCCCAAG